ACCUCCUCCUUCCUCCGGCGAGCUUCUUCCGAUGGAGAAGAGGAGAUGUAGACGAGUGGCCUUCCUCCGCCGACGACGACAACGAAGACCUCUCCGGCGAGCCCCCUCAUCCUCCCUCCAGCAAUUAGGGGAGCUUCUGUUAGGCCACCUAAUAUUGAUCAACAUCACCUCAAAGAUUGUGAGACACCUACCGCUUGAUCGACAUCACCUGUUCAAUUUACAAUUUUAUUGUAUGCUCAGCAAUCAUAUUUGGGAGAGAAAUUGCCCCUCAUAUAUAUGAUUGAAGGAAAGAGUCUUGGUCUGUCAUAUUUUAUUGCUACGGGAUAAAACAUUCCCAUAUGUCUCUUGGCAGGACUUUGCCUCACGGCGUUACGUGCCCAGCUGAUUUCCCGUUUAGUCGUACACCGGUCGAACAAACAAGUCGGACAUAUAGCAUGGUUCUAAAUGUUAUGUGUAAAAGGAGGCUUAUUUACUUCAUCCUUUUGAGCGUAGACUUAUCUAUCAAAAGGUGAUGAAGGGACCACGCGAAGAAUAUGGCAUUCAAUAUUAAGAUGCAGAUGGUGGUAAAGCUGUAAAUAAUAGUGGUGGUAUACGUGGUACGGUGAGCAUGGAGGGGCAAGGUCUUGUGAGCCGGAGCUGGCAGGAGUCGAAGCUGCUGUGGCGCGUCGCCUUCCCGGCCGUGCUCGUCGAGUUGCUCCAGUUCUCCAUCGGCUUCGUCACGGCCAGCUUCGUCGGCCACCUCGGCGUGGUCGAGCUCGCCGCGGUCACCGCCGUCGAGAGCAUCCUGGAGGGCUUCGCCUACGGCGUCCUGUUUGGCAUGGGGUGCGCGCUGGACACGCUGUGCGGGCAGGCGGUGGGCGCCGGGCGGCUGGACGUGCUCGGCCUCUACGUGCAGCAGUCGUGGAUCGUGUGCGGCGCCACCGCGGUGGCGCUCACGCCGACGUACGCCUUCGCCGAGCCGAUCCUGCGGUCGCUCCUCCGGCAGCCGGCCGACGUCGCCGCCGUGGCGGGGCCGUACGCGCUGUGGUCGCUGCCGCGGCUGUUCGCGCACGCCGCCAACUUCCCGCUCCAGAAGUUCUUCCAGACGCAGAGCAGGGUCUGGGCGCUCGCCGCCAUCUCCGCCGCGGUGCUCGCCGUGCACGCCGCGCUCACCUACGCCGCCGUGGUCAGGCUCCGGUACGGCCUGCGCGGUGCGGCCGUCGCCGGCAACCUGUCCUACUGGCUCAUCGACGCCGCGCAGUUCGUCUACCUUGUCUCCGGCCGCUUCCCGGACGCGUGGAAGGGGUUCACCAUGACGGCGUUCAGCAACCUCGCCGCGUUCGUCAAGCUGUCACUUGUGUCGGCCAUCAUGAUCUGCUUGGAGUUUUGGUACUACGCUGCACUACUCAUUCUUGUGGGUCUCCUUAAGAAUGCCAGACUCCAGCUUGAUAUCAUGUCAAUUUGCAUCAAUUACCAGUUCUGGACCAUGAUGGUUGCGAUGGGCUUCAGCGAAGCAAUCAGCGUCAGAGUAUCAAAUGAGCUCGGUGCGAGAAGACCAAAGGAGGCAAAGUUCUCAGUGGCAGUGGCAUCAUUAACAUCGGCCAUGAUUGGUGCCAUUUUCAUGUCAAUCUUCUUCAUUUGGAGAACAAGCUUGCCAAGCCUCUUCAGCGACGACAAGGAGGUGGUAGACGGAGCUGCAAGAUUGGGGUAUCUACUUGCUGUCACCGUCUUUUUUGGCAAUAUCGGGCCUGUGCUUUCAGGUGUGGCAGUAGGAGCAGGUUGGCAAAUUCUGGUGGCAUUUGUGAACAUCGGUUGCUACUACUUGGUAGGGAUCCCAUUUGGGGUUCUCUUUGGCUUCAAGCUAAAGCUUGGUGCAUUGGGGAUAUGGAUGGGCAUGUUGACAGGAACAUUACUCCAGAUGGCCAUACUAUUUUUCAUUAUCAUGAGAACAAAGUGGGAGGCACAGGCAAUAUUGGCGGAAAAAAGGAUCAGUGAGUUAGGAGAAACAACGGCCAAUGAUUGAGAACACAUAAUUGUACAGAUGACCACUGAACUCCCAAAUAUAUGGAAAUUGGCAAACAGACGAGCUGGAAAAAAAUAUAUAGAAUUUACAUGUCUCAAGAUCAAGCCCAUGACUUUAUAUAUUUUAUAAAGGUUUUAGGACAUUGUAUUUCCUAUUUGUUUGCAUGGAUCGAUAAUCAGCAUAGCAUAGAAUUGACUUUUGUUCAUGUUUAAUUUUUAAAGGAACUAGUUUUAAACCCACAAUCUCACAAUUGAGGAUCUUUAUUUGUACCUAUAAAGGCCCAAUAUUGAAUUAGACUUUUUUCUCAAGUUUAA